CUGCGCAAGCGCAUGAUGUGAACAUCGAAAAUCCUGAAUUUUUGGAUUUGUAUGUGAAAUGUUGUAAUAUCAGUUAUUUCAUGAAAUUCCACGACCACAGAUGCAGUCCCAGUUGCAGAAUACUUAGCGGCACUCCUCUGCCUACUGUUCCUGAUGGUUUUUAUUUACGGUUUAGUGAUUAAAGUGGUGUAAAAGUUCCCUGUUUUGAUGCUACCCCCGUCGUCCCAUUUCCAGACUGUCAAAAUGGCUGCUCGACCAUGUUUAUUCCUUGCGGUUGCUCUCUUCUUAGGAAGUAAACUGUAUAACGGCUGAUCUAUAUGUCCGUGUUUAGUAGUGCAACAAAUAGUAUGCCAGAUCAGAUCAGCUAUGACUUCACGUCGGAGGAAAAUGCGUAUAAGUGGAAGGGUUUAUUUGUUGAAUCCUUGCAAAAGGUACAGAGACAGGUACACCAUAGUCUAAGUUCCAGAGAGGAUGCACUGAACUACAUUGAGUCCCUGAUUCUGAAGCUACUAGGAAUGCUAUGUGCCUGUCAACCGCAUCUCUUUCAGGAUGUGGAGGAGAGGGUGCAGAAGACCUUUCCAAAUCCCAUCGACAAGUGGGCGAUCGGAGAUGCCCAGGAUGCCGUGCAGAAGGGAAAGAAAAAGAACCCGCUGGUACUGCCCGUGGAGAAGAUACACCCUCUCCUACAGAAGGAGGUUCUGGGCUACAAGGUUGAUUACAGUGUGACUAUAUACAUUGUAGCUGUCCUCGAGUACAUAUCUGCUGACAUCCUAAAGUUGGCGGGCAACUACGUGAAGAAUAUCCGCCACGAGGAGCUCACGUGCCAGGACAUCCGCGUCGCGAUGUGCGCCGACAAGGUGCUCAUGGACAUGUUCUGCCAGGACGAUGACGUGCCGCUGCCGAUCGAGGAGGAACCGAUGAACCGCGGCUCGCUGACCUACGAGGAGGUCGUCAAGGACAUGGUGCACGAGGAGAAUCAGUACAUACGCGACCUCAACAUGAUCUUCAAGGUGUUUCGAAAGCCGUUUGUCGACAUGUUUCCGCGAAGCAAGGACAUUGAUGUCAUCUUCAGCAACAUCGUGGACGUGCAUCGCGUGACUGUCAACUUCCUAGGACUGCUGGAGGACACGCUAGAGAUGACAGAGGAGAAAGCAGUGCCGACCGUUGGCAGCUGCUUUGAGGAGAUGGCCGAGUCAGCUGAAUGGCUGGUCUAUGAGAAGUUUACGGAAGAUGCGCUAAAACCCCACAGUCGAGAACGACUCAACACCCUUCUGCAGAGGCCAGACCUAUUACAAACCCUCGCGCAUUCUGGGCCAGGAUUUCCAGUGGCAGUCAAGUAUGUCCUGCCAAAGUUGCUGCUUGGACCCACGUACCACUGUUUAGGCUAUUUUGAAACCAUCAAGGUGUUGUUGAACCUAUCGCCUGACGAAGAAGACAAAGAAACGCUAGAACAAGCUGAUAGUGCACUCUAUCCACUGCAGGUUUCAUUAGACAGGCUAACUAAGGGUAACCUCGCAAAGAAGAAGCCUGGGGAGAUGUCGUUGCGCUUCUUGUGUAGGACCAGCAGGAAGGUGGCAGUUGCCAAGAUGAACGAGCUACAAAAAUCCAUUGAUGGCUGGGAGGGCAAGGAUAUUGGGCAGAGCUGUAAUGAGUUUAUCAUGGAGGGCGUUCUAGGUAAGACCGGCAGCCGACGGAACACGGAACGGUACGUGUUUCUCUUCGACGGACUCAUCAUUCUGUGCAAGCAGAACUUACGCCGCUCCUCUGUGACAGGGCCUGUCGGCGAGUUCCGUCUAAAAGAGAAGUUCUACAUCCGCAAGAUUGAGAUCGCUGACAGAGACGACACUGAAGAUUUAAAGUAUGCUUUUGAACUAGUGCCCAGAGAUCAGCCACGUAUCGUACUGUAUUGUCGUAGUCAGGAUGAGAAAAACAACUGGAUGGCAGCACUGGUCAUGCUCAGCACUCGCAGUAUGCUAGAGAGAAUGUUGGACAGCCAACUGAGUGAAGAAGAGAAAAAGCACCCACUUAGGCUACCAAACCCAGAUGAGUACAGAUUUGCAAUCGAAGAUAAUGAAUACAACAUAGUGUUCGAGGAUUCUUCGCACAACAACUCCGGCAUUCCAGUCAUCAAAGGUGGCACAUUGCUCAAGCUUGUGGAGAGACUCACUUACCAUAUGUACGCCGAUCCCAAGUUCCUGCGCACCUUCCUCACAACAUACAGGUCAUUCUGCCAGCCCGCUGAAUUGCUGGAUUUCCUCAUAGAGAGAUUUGAGAUAACGGAGCCGCCUCCCCUCAUCACUGACUGCCUGGAUGAGGACAGGGACACGCAGGUGCGAGAGGACCUCAAGCGCUUCCGGAAAGAGUAUGCGCAGCCCGUACAGUUCAGGGUUCUGAAUGUGCUUCGACACUGGGUGGACCAGCACUUCUACGACUUUGAGCGGGAUCACAGCUUGCUCGCCCAUCUCAAUACCUUCAUCGACUCUGUUAGUGGCAAGAACAUGCGCAAGUGGGUGGAAUCAAUCACAAAGAUCAUCAAGAGGAGGAUGGACAGCUCAGAGUCUCAACGGGAGAUCACAUUUGAGGCGAGACCACCGACGAUAGAGUGGCACAUCGCAAAACUGCCUCAGGACUUUGACCUUAUGAUGCUUCAUCCUAUUGAGUUGGCUCGGCAGCUCACGCUGCUGGAGUUUGACCUCUACCGGGCAGUGAAGCCCUCCGAGCUAGUAGGCACUGCGUGGACGAAAAAAGACAAAGAGAAGCGAUCGCCGAACCUUCUCAAAAUGAUUCACUUGUCGACAAACUUUACACUUUGGCUGGAGAAGUGCAUCAUGGAGACGGAGAACAUGGAGGAGCGCGUGGCUGUCGUCUCACGCAUCCUUGAGAUCCUGCAGGUUCUCAUGGAUCUGAACAACUUCAACGGUGUUUUAGAGAUUGUGAGCGCUAUGAACUCUGCCGCUGUCUACCGACUGGAGCACACGAUGCGGGAAUGCCCAAGUAAGCUAGUCAAACUAUUGGAUGAGGCGAAGGAGCUCAACUCUGACCACUUCCGCAAGUACAUGGAAAAACUGCGCUCUAUUGAUCCUCCGUGUGUGCCCUUCUUCGGAAUGUAUCUGACCAACAUUUUACACAUAGAGGAAGGCAACCCAGACUUCCUUCCUAACAUGCAUGAAGGCAUUAUCAAUUUUGCUAAGCGGCGGAAAGUGGCAGAGAUAACGGGAGAGAUUCAACAGUACCAGAAUCAACCAUAUUGCCUGACGGUUGAGCCUGACAUUAGGAUGUUCCUAGAGAACUUGAAUCCGCUCGGUGAUAGGACGGAGAAAGAGUUCAACGACUAUCUCUACAACAAAUCACUUGAAAUAGAGCCACGAAACUCCAAACAGGCACCAAAAUUUCCGAGGGUGAGCGCCUUCCCUCUCAAGUCGCCAGGGAUCAAGUCGCGGCUGUCUAACCGCACGCAGCCGGUGCCGCUGUCGAUGGAGCUGCGACACAGCUUCCAGCAGGUGCACGAAGACGUCGGUGAUACGACGUCGCCACGGUCCCCGCUCACGCCGAGCACGCCGCUCACGCCACCGCCGCAGGGCGGCAGUGACAGCAGCGUGUUCGCGAACGUCCUCAUUGGGUCAGUUCACGCUCCGGUGGUGACGGGCACGGUGACUCCUCCGGUGCAACAGUCCCAGCCACCCGUACCACCCGUGCAGCAGCCUCCCCCGCUCCCGCCGCGCAGGAAGAGGGAGCUGUCCGUCGAGGAGCUCUCGCCGAACAAGGUUCAGCAAGCACCGGACGCGCCGCAGCUGCCGCCGCGCGAGAGCGUCAAGCCUCCGAUUCCUCCGCGCAGGGAGUCGUCCAGCACCCUCCCACGCCCGCACAACCCGCGGCCGCGGCCCGAGCUUCCGCGCAGCGCGACACUGCCGCGCGGCCAGUCCACGGGUGCCGUGAACGGCAGCGUGCCGCAGGCGGUGUCCGAGGUGCCGGAGCCGGUGCCGGAGCUGCCGCCGAAAACUUACAAACUUGCUCUGGAGCGACUGCAGAGCAUGGAGAAGGACCGAAUCCAUACGGUGGUGCCGCCUGGCCGCAGCUGCCCGGCGUCGCCGGCCGCGGCGGCCGAGCGGACGGCGCCGGCGCCGGUUGAGCAGACGAUGUCGCCGCCCAUCGACAGGACAAUGUCGCUGCCGGCAAUCGUGCCGCCCCCUGUCGAUAGAACACUGAUGCCGACGGUUUUGUCGCCCGGAGGUCGGAACGAGCAGGAACGACUCACUCAUCUCGACGCGAGCCUGGCGAGCGGGCACAGCGCCCACAGCAACAUUUACCAUGACGCGCCCGGCAUGGGAAGCGUGCACACCAUACAGGGCAACGUGUACCAUCAGAGUCCGAGUCGACACAGCCCCGCCAGCUAGAACUCAUGUGUGUGCGUGCACGGCCUCAGGCACGGCUCUGUAAAGACAGCUGUUUGUCUGCUGCCACUGUGAUGUGGGGGGAGGGUGGGGGGGAGGGCAGCAGAUGCCCCCUGUCGGAACAAAAUUACGGCAUUGCGCUUGUGCGAACACCAGAUUUUACAUAACGUAUUAGCAUCGAUGGGGGAAAACUUCAGAUUGUAUGUACGACAAACAAGAAGUCGGAUAUUUUUGGAUGGAGAUCAGAAGACUAGGCAUGGGUCGACAGCAACAGAUGUAGCUUUCUGCAGCAUCUGAUAGUGUGCGAUUUUGUUCUGUUGCAAUGAAUGAAACUUUCGUUCUGCGUGAGUGAUCUUGGGCAACAUUUUGGUACUCUUCAGCGGAAGAAAAUGCUUGCGUGCAUGCAAGCAAGAUAAUACGUUUGUUUAGUGAAGAAAAACAAGCAAGAUAUGCUCACCAGUUAUACUGAACAAAGUAAGCGUACGGUCGCUUGAAAUAUCAUAUAGGCACUGGUAUGAAUAGCCAAACGUGCUGUUUGCAGGCGAUCAUAGUUUUAGCGAAAAAUUUAUGUAAUAGGUAAUGUGAUUCAUUGAUGAACGGUGGUGAAGUGACAGUAACAAGUAGUAUAUAAAACAUUUUUGUGCAGUAAACAAAAGGCCGGUGCCAUGCAAAGCUCGAUAUUGAAAGUUGUGUGUAAUGUAUAGUGGUCUAAACAAAACCUUAUGGUAGAAUUGUGAUGUGCAAGAUUAGAGCCCAAGUUAUGAUCUUAAGGCAGGGAAUUCUGUAUGGUCGAGUUGGUCUCUGUUCUAGAAUGGAGACCAGACAGUGAAGACUGUGACUUGUCUCUAGCCAAUGGAGAUCUCCAUUGGGGUAGAAUCGGCCAGCAGAAUUAGUUGCUGUUGACUACCCUCAUACAUGUUGGUCUUUUUGCCCACCUAUUCCAACUUUUCUCAGCCUAUCAGUGGCAUUGUAGUCUGAUUUAGUCACACGAAGCUGUUGUUUUUGAAUGCUGUGUAGUGCCGUUCAGUAGUAGAAAAAUGGGAACUGCCAUAACAGUGCUUUUAGGCUGAAACGGUCGGCCAACAAGGCGAACACACAUCGUCUGCUAUGCGGUUUGUAAAUAAUGCAGAAGUCUUGUUAAUGUUCUUCACAAAACAAACAAUUAGCCAAUUAGCCAAGAGGUUAAUUAAUGGUUGCUUGAAAUGAAUUGUGAGCAAGGUUGCAGCUGUACAGAAUUCAUAAAUACGAUAUAUGCAGGCGAUCCGUACGUACGUGAGUGGAGUCUACGACAGGUAUUAGAUAUAAGGAGUGCGCUUGUGAUCAAUCCUUGGGAAAUUCACCUGCAGUUACGUUCACGUCAUUUUGUGUAGUCACUGCAGGUUGUCCAACCUUAAUAACCGAGAAUCUGCUUAGUGCCUUCUGUAGAGAAAGUCUGUGAAAAUAUGUAGGCCAAUGGUUCAAGUCCAGGUGUAGAGAUUUUUAUUGUUAUUUAUUUCCAUUCACUUAUCUGUCACUUCCACAACGGAAAUAUGCAAUUUUUGUUUUCAUAAAUAAGUAGAGAGAAAUCAGAAUUGGGUGUGCUGCUCACACUGGGUAGUGCUGUGAUGAAUAGUAUCAAGAGUACAUAAUGGGAUCUCCCAUUAUGUACUCUUGAUAGUAUCAAUCUAUGCAGAUGGCAAACUUCUUAACAUUUCCCUGUGCCUGUGCACGAAUUUUUGAAGCUGGUUCAAACUGGGGAGUGAGAGCAUUAGUAAGAUUUUGCAUAUCAGUGAUAUGCCUGCAUUUUUGCUGCUUUUAUCUGAAACAAGGGUUUCGUAGCUCUCUAUGUAAAAAUUGUGUAUAGAAUAUAAACCGUUGGACAAAAGAGAAAUAUUGAAGUUAAUGAAAGGACUAUACUCCAUUGUAGGAGGUUAUAGUGCUAAUGUUUGUGGAUGCUGUUCAAGCAUUAUUUAUGUUGUUAUGAUGAUGAUCAUGGUGUAAACAUAUACAUGAAAACAAUGUGGAAGCAAACAGAAAAUAAAAAAGUACAUU